AUGGCUCCUUCACGUCAGCCGCAGCCUUUGCUUCUGCAGUUCUUGGUGCUGCUGCUUGUCGCAGCAAGCAUUGGCGGCGCGAGCGCACAAUAUGCAUCGCGUUCGCGCCGCAGCCUGUGGGCCCGCGCACGUAAGCUGUUUGAGUUCCCUACGCUUCAGAAGUCGCAGCUCUCCAAGAUUGGAUUCACCUACGAAAUCGCUAAACAGCCCGCGAAGCCGGAAGCAGCUCCUUCCGGCGGGGCCACGGAUCCCGCCACCUCUGUUGCCGCCUCCACUCCGGCUACCCCUUCCACUCCGGCUGCCCCCUCCAGCCCUGCGGGGAGCUCGCCCAGCGACGGUUUCGCGUCGGGCGGCUCCUCUUCUGGCAACUUCGGGCAGUCGGGUAACCCGCUUUUCCCCGGUACCGUUACCUCGACCCCCGGCAGCGACCCGAAAACCACUCCCAAGACCCCGUCCACCCCCUCGCAGCAAUCCGGCGACACGGUUGACGCUACAGCCGUGCCGACGCAAGCUGCCUCGCCGUCGGUGCCACCCCCUCCCCCGCCCCCUCCUCAGGGCCCUUGCCCGCCGCUGCCCAACAUGUGCGACUUCUAUUUCCAGGGCAGCCAGUCCGCUCUCCCCGUCUUCAACAUCUCCGAUGGCGUCGGCGACACUCGCCUCGGCGGGCCCAUCGAGGCGUCUAUUCGCGGCGCGACGGUGGAUGUGAUUGCGGCGAACAGCGAGCUGGCGGACUACAUCUGCCAGGACGGCGUUAACGUCUGGAGCGCGCCGUCCUCCAGCUCCGGUAACUCGACAACGCUGGGACCCGAUAACCAGUUCUACGCGGUGCAGGACGGUAUCCAGUCGCGGACGUUCCAGCCUGCGACGGGCGGCGUGGCGCCGUACCAGGGCAAGUACGUGCGAGUGAACCUGACGGCGAUCGAGAUCAGCGUGACCCGCGGGUUCUCCGGCGACGAUCUCACGGCUCCUGUGGUAUCGCGUUUGGUGGCAAUCAGAUGCAUUCAACUGCACGUUGAAGUCCUCCUGCAGCCUCUUCCUUUCACCACCCAAUCUUCCUCCCACCACCCGCAGCAGCAGUUUCACCUCCAUCAUCGCACCAUCCAUCACCCUCAAGACCACCAGUGCCAGCACUGCCUGCUUCAUCUGCACCCGCCCCUUCGUUUGGACUAG